UUGUAUAUAUAAGUUCUGUGUUUUAUAGUACUUAAUUUUGAGAUUAAAAGAAAUUAUUUUCAUAUAAAUGGUACAAUUGAAUUAUAAGAUUUCCGUCUGUAUAAUUUUAGUGGGAUAAUAAUGUGAUAUUUGUGUCCUGUGAAACUUAUUCUUUAUUAUUUGACUGAUCAUGUCUCUUCAAACUUGCAAUGACAUUACUGAGGCUGUUGCCUUAGAAAGUAGUUUAGGUUUAUAUUUAAAACCCAUUUCCAAGAUAAAAAUCAAUGUUCAACUACCUAAACUCAAAAUUCCAGGUCAGAGUAUUUCAAGCUGGAAUGUUAUGGAAAAAUUAAAGGCUGCUAUUAGACCAGAUCAAUUCAUGUCAUUGAAAUCACUUAAAAUUACUGCAAAUGUCAUUAAAUUAGAAGGUGAACUCGAGAAUAAAACCACCUGCGAGCGAGCACUGGCUCGUCUUCGGACUACCAGUAGCCUAAAGUUAACUGGUUUUACAGAGAAACUGCAACUGAGGGCUGCCCAUGCUCCAUGCAGUGGUCCAACACGUCAUGAAUGGGAAGCUUUUUACCGUGAUGCAAAAGGCGUGAAUGAAAUGAAACCCGGUGAACGACCGGAUACUAUUCAUCUACAAGACAUGCCCGUUCGUUGGUUUGCCAGUUCGAGUAAAUCUGUAAGGCCCAGUGAGAAAAUUUUGCGAAAAGCCUUCGGUGGUUUUGGUAGAAUACGAAGACUUGAAAUUCCUACCCCAGACAAUAUUUCCAAUGAGACAACUUUUGCUAAAAAAAGUUCGCUUCACAGUGAGUUAUUGUUUGAAGUUUAUAUACAAUAUGAAGAAUAUGUAGAAUUUUCAAUUGCAAUAGACUCGUUACGAGGUAAGAAGUUAAUUUAUAAAGACACAGAAGGUAAAGUUUAUUCAGCUGACAUUAAAGUAGAUUUUGACCGUACCAACUAUCUUAGUGAAAGAUGUAUCAAACAACGGGCUGCUUUAUCAAAGUCUAAUAGUGAUGCCUGUACAGAAAAUGCAAAGCAAAAAUGUGAUACCUUGGUUUCAAAUCCAGUACCUGGCACUUCCAUUGCAGAUGUGAUCAAGGAUGAGAAAAUCUCUCCAGCGCUGUAUGAAAAUGAAGCCAAAUCUCUUUUGAAAGAAUUGUUGUUUCGUGCAGAGAAAACCGAGAAAUUAAAAGAAAAGGAGCUUCCUUUAAAAUCAUCAGCUGCUCAUCCUUCUCAAGAAAAUGCUAAAAGGAAAAAGAAAAUUGAAAAUGAAGAUAUGUGUAAAAAAGAAAAGGACUUACAUUUGAAGAAAAAGAUUAAGAAACCAUCAAUAAGUGAUUCACAUCUUGAGAAGAAAAAGAAAAAUAUGCUUUUAGAACAAGAAAGACUUUUGAAAGAGAAAUUGAUCCGCAAUUUAAGACUCAGAGAACUUCAAAAGAUAAAUGAGAGUCGAGAAAAAUUAAGGAAAAAGCUUGCUGGUCGUAAAGCGUUAAAAAGUGUUUUGGCUGUAAAAAAAUCUUGACAUAUGAUGUUAAAACUUCUUAUUGCUGUUUGGUUUAACAGACUUUUUUUUCAAUAUUUCUGAUUUUUAUUU